CAGAGGCCACCCCGUCCUGGAGCAGCAGGACUUGGGCAGUGACUGCCCGGCUGAUACAGACAGCGGGGGGUGGCAUCCCAAAAAGGCUGGGGGGAGACAACACUGUCCUUCUGUGGCGACAUGGCGGGGACAGUGAGCUCUGUCCCCUGCCAGGCCCCAGGGCACAGUGGAGGUGGGAGCACGCUGCGAGCACAGCACGACCGGGGGUCCCUACCCCGGUGCCCGCGGUGCCCGCGGGCAGAACCCCCCAGCUGGGGGGCACCCACCACCCUGCUGCCCUCUGUUCCCCAAAGGAGCCCUGGAGAGGAGCGGGGGGGACCCGUGGAGGGCAGAGAGACGCGUCUGAGAGUGGUGCUCAGGGUCCGGCCACUGACCUGCACGGAGACGCGGCGAGGUGACCAGCAAGUCGUGCACAGCCUCGGUGACGGCGCCGUCCACGUCAGCGCGGCCAGGCACGAUGCCACCUUUGGCUUCAGCGCCGUGUUCGACGCCGGCGCCUCGCAGGAGGCUGUGUUCGAGGGCAGCGGGAUGAGGCAGUUGGUGGAGCUGGCCAUCGACGGCUUCUCCUGCACCGUCUUUGCCUUCGGGCAGACCGGCUCGGGGAAGACCUACACCCUGAUGGGACCCCUCGGCCAGAGCGACACGCAGCCGGCGUCCCCUGCCCUGCUGGGGCUGAUGCAGAGGUCCUUCACCUGCCUCCUGGAGCAGAGCAGGAGCCGUGGCUCUGACCUGGCUCUCAGCGCUUCCUACCUGGAGAUCUACAACGAACAGGUCCGGGACCUGCUGAGCCCGGGACCACCGUGCGCCCUGCCCCUGCGCUGGAGCAAAACCCGCGGCUUCUACGUGGAGAACCAGCUCAGCGUGGAAUUCGAGAGCCUGGAGGCCAUCGUCAGCCUGCUGCUGCAAGGAUCCCAGAGGCGCCGGACCUCGGCACACGCCCUGAACAGGCACUCGAGCCGCAGCCACGCCCUUCUGACCAUCCACGUCCGCAGCCGAGCCGCCAGCGCCUGCCCCAGCAAGCAGGGCACGCUGUGCUUCGUGGACCUGGCUGGCAGUGAGAGGGUGAAGGAGACUGGCUCCAGCGGGGAGCUCUCCGUGGAGGCCAACAGCAUCAACCGCAGCCUCCUGGCGCUGGGACACUGCAUCUCCCUGUUGGCCAAACCCCGAGGGAAGCGGACGCACAUCCCCUACCGGGACAGCAAGCUCACCCGGCUGCUGGCUCGCUCCCUGGGCGGCUCGGGCAUCACCCUGAUGGUCGCCUGCAUCUCCCCAUCCUCACGCUGCCUCUCAGAGACCCUGAGCACGCUGCACUACGCCAGCCGUGCCCGGAAGGUCACCACCAGACCCCUGGCCAACAGGGUGUCCCGGGAGAAGCUGCUGCAAACCUUGGAGCGAGAAAUCCACGCCCUGCAGCUGGAAAACCUCUCCCUGCGGCAGCAGCUGUGCCUGCCCAGAGUGCCCGUGAGGAGCACGGAGGUCUCAGGGAACCCUCCAAAAGCAUGGGCAGGCUCGGGAGACAGGUACGGCCCUGCAGGGCAGCUCCCACCAGAGGGAACCCCAGCCUGGCCCAGCCUCUACGGUCUCCUGCGGGACUUCGUGGUGGAGAACGAGCAGAUGAGGCAGCCCCGUCUGUCCCCACACCUCCCGGCUGGGCCAUCCCACAGAGCCACCCGCAGCUCCUGUGCCAGCCAGCCCCUGCUGCAGAGUGCCUGCACCCUCCACGUCCCCCCCAGGUGCUCGGAGAGGCACCGGCGGCCCGACACCACACCCAGCUCUGUGCCCCGGCUGCCGAGGCUCCCUCCUGCCUCCAGCCGCCCCGGCUGCCCAGGGUGCUCACAGUGCUGCCCUGGGCCAGCUGAUGCCACCAUGUUCCAGGUGCUGCCAGUGCCCGCUGUGGCACAGCCAGUCCCCGCUGAGGGAAGUGCUGGACAGGAGGACACGGCUGUGCCUGGCUCCCAUCACCCCCACGGGCACCCCCAGCCGCACCAGAGGCAGCGGAGUCGUGGCAGGAGCAGGAGCUUGUCUCAGCAGCACCCGCUGCAGCGGGAGCUGCCAGGCCCCGAGCGCGUCCCCAGCCCCGAGGCAAGGGUCAUCCCUUCAGCACCACCGUGGCCAGGGCUGCCAGAGCCCAGAGCUGCUGGCACCGUCCCUCUCCUCCAGUGGGAAGAGGCACUGGACUGGCUGGCAGAGCAGAUCUGAGCUGCCACAGGCACGCCAAGGAUGGGGCCAGCAUCAGGGAUCUGGCACAGCCUGGGGGGGACAACCACAGCCCUCAGGGACAUGGGACCUUGGACUGCAAGGACUGCACAAACCAUGGCACGGACGGUUGGAUGGAUGGACAGACAGA